UUGGGUAUCAGUUUUAGCGGCCAACAGUGUAAAUUUUCGUACUUGCCUGCAUAUAUUAUGUGGUAAAUUUUCUGUACAGCCAGUGUUUUUAGAAUCUCAGCCUAAAGUUAUCCGUAUAUGUGCAGCCAGACCGAAAAAAUAAAAUGAUAGUUAAAAAUUUUGCUGUGUUGUUUACGUUCACAUUUUUCGUUUUCAGCGACACCGCAUUUGUGGACCUUCCAAAAUGCAAGUUGGAUAACUUUGAAUGUAUGAGAGGACUAUAUGAGAGCGUGAUCCAUGGUAUCGGCAAAACUGGUAUCCCGGAAUUGAAGAUUCCACCCGUGGAUCCUAUCAAAUUGACCAAUGUGACCGUCAACGUUCUUGGCUUAGUUAAUAUAACAAUGGUGGAUGGAGUAGCGAAAGGAGUCAAAGAUUGCAUCUUUGAGCAAUUUAGGGUAAAUAUUACUGAGGAAAGAGGACAUCAAGAGAACACAUGUGAUAUAUCCAUCAAGGGUCAUUACAAAAUUGAAUCUGCGAGUCCGUUACUUGAAGCACUCUUACAAGGAAACGCAAUAAGUGGAGAAGGAAAUGGAAAAAUCAAAAUCGAAAAACUGCAUUUGAAAUUCGAUUUUCCCUUCUACGCACAAAAGCGAGAUGACGGAGAGAUCUACAUGAAAUGCAUUUACGAUCUCAUCAAGUAUGACUACGAAAUUCGAGGGAAAGUCGGCUUCUUUGCUGAUAAUCUUUAUUUGGGCAAUCAGGAAAUCAGCGAAACCAUCAUGACAAUGCUGAAUGAAAACUGGCAAUUCGUGAUGUCAUCUUUUGGCCAGCCGUUCGUUGACAAAGGUGUGGAGUUAUACUUCAAGUUUGCUGGCUACUUCUUUGAUUCUGUUCCUGCAAGAAACUAUAUCCUCGACGACUUAACACCUUACGCCAGACCUUAGAUUAAGCAGUUUUUGAUUAAUGAUUAAGUCCGGUUUUGGGUUUUUUGAGGGCAUACAAGGCGAUGACAUAGAAGUUAUUUUUUAUGUUUAUUAAAGUACAAAACGAAACGUCAAAAUUUUCCAAAUAA